UCCGGGGCAAGACUGUGGCAGGUCGGGUCUCCGAGUCGCGCUGGAAGCGUCGUGCCGCAGUCGUCCUUUGCGGCAGGCCCUCACGUUGCGAGACGACCGUGCAGAAGCCGCCGUCAGCUAGGAGAAAAGGACUUCGCAACGGGACGCCAUGCCUUUUUUUGAUGUGCAGAAAAAGCUGGGUCUUAACAUAGAUCGUUGGAUGACAAUCCAAAGUGCUGAGCAGCCUUACAAGCUUCCAAGUCGUUGCCAUGCAUUUGAAAAGGAAUGGAUAGAAUGUGCCCAUGGAAUUGGUGGUAUCCGGGCAGAGAAAGAGUGCAAGAUAGAGUUUGAUGAUUUGGUAGAAUGUCUGCUUCGGCAGAAAACGAUGAGACGCGUUAGCGCCAUCAAGAGACAAAGGGAGAAGUUGAUAAAGGAAGGGAAGUACACACCUCCACCUCACCACUUGGGCAAGGAAGAACCCAGGCCCUGAGCAGAGCAGCUGCUGAUGGCUGAAGGCUGAUUUUCAAGUUCUCUAUUCUCCACUGGAAAGAUUGUUUACCUGAAACCUCUGUUCGCUAAAAAUAAAGAAUUGCUCCUUCCUAUUCUA